CGAACAGCUGUCAGGAGCGGCGUUGUUUCGCGCGUGUCUGUGGAAGGGCAUGUCGAGGGUUCGCAUGUGAAAGCUGGCGGCGUGUCGUGUCUUCGCCGGCGCACCGUUAUCGUGUGGUGUCCCAUCUGCUAUGUGAGGACGUCGAAGCCGCGUCAGCAUGGCUACAUUAAGCGGCGAAAUGAGCAACUCCUCCAGCGCCCUGAUGGAAGGCACGGAAGACGCGGCCUCCAUAGACUUCGGCGACGUCGAAGGCGGUGUCGUCAGGAAGCCCGUCAGGCAUCGGAUGGCGGCGUUCUUCCACCUGGCCUUCCGGACGACGGCGCUGCUGACAUACCUGUUGUGCCGCUUUUUCACGGACAGCUUUGUGUCGAGCUUUGUGUCCAUCUUGCUGUUGCUCUGCAUGGACUUCUGGACCGUCAAGAAUGUCACAGGCCGCCUUCUGGUUGGCCUUCGCUGGUGGAACUACAUUGACGAUGCCGGGAAGAGCCACUGGGUCUUUGAGAGCCGCAAGUCUGGCGAGCAGAUGACAGACAGCUCGGAGGCAGGCCUCUUCUGGAUGGGGCUUAUCGGGGCGCCUGCCCUGUGGACCCUCUUCUUCUUUGUGUCCCUGUUCAGCUGGAACUUCCAGUGGCUGAUGGUGACAAUAAUAGCCCUGGCCCUGAACGGGGCCAACCUGUACGGCUACAUUCGCUGUCGGCUGGGUCGGAAGGGCUCCAUGAAAACAGCCGCCUCCAACUUCAUUGGGCAGCAACUGCUCCGUGGGAUGUUCAAGAAAGAAGCGGCGCCACCCGCAAGAGAUAGUGGAACGACCCAGCUUCAGCCGUGACGAGGUGCCCGGCCACUCGCUCCUGCCCCGUGUACAUAGACUGCCUCCCCUCCCUUCCAUAAAGCCAUUGUGACAAACCACA